GCCAAGCUGGCCCUCCUCAUGCGUUUGGGCGAAGUUAUCGCCCCGCAGUGGCCUCACCACCACAGCUUGGAUGCUGCCUCUCCCGAAGAGUGCCUCUUCGCGCUGCAGCGCAGCAUGCCGCUCGAUACACACUACAGAGCUCAACCCCGGCUACCAGCGGUCUAUGCCAAAGAGGAGGAUGUCCCCACAGCAGCCUACCAGCGCUAUCGGUCGUUCCUCCAGCAGGUGCAAGUCAGACGUGGCUCUGAAAGCAAGCGCUUCGUGCUGAAAGGCCAACUCUUGCACUUGCAAUACUUGGCCCAACUAAGGCAAGCCUUUCCCGAGGCAAAGGUCGUCUGGUCGCACAGGCCCGUGGAGGAAGUGGUUGGGUCGCUCUGUUCCCUCCGGCGCAGUCAGCUGGAGGUUUUUCUGGCCGACUCCCCCAACAAGGAGGAGGUGGGCAAAGGGGUCCUGAAGUACCUGUUCGACGCGUUGCAGAGGGCCCGGGAAGCACUCAAAGACACUCAGUGCGAGUCCCUGGUUCACGUUCGCUAUGAGAGCUUGGUCGAGAAUCCAGUCGAAGUGGUGGAGGACAUCUACGCCUCCUUCGGUUGGCAAGUCAGCGCGGCCCACCGCGAGGCCAUGAAGAUGUACAUCGAGCAGAGCCGGACACGGAGAAGAAGGAACCAGACAGGUCGGUCGCGCUACCACGACCCGUCACUAGCCAGCUACGGCCUCUCUGAGGAGAUGGUUCGUCGGCACUUCCUCUCCGCCGGUUUCCGUGACAUCUUUGACAAGACCGGAUCUGUCGUCCGGCAUUGGGAGCUUCGAGACAGACUGCAUUGA